CGGCUUUUCAUAGAAUUGUACUGCAGCAGAUGCAGUCCUUUAACUGGCUGACUGUUAGGUCUGUCAGGCCACAGCGCUACAACGUGUAGCACUGCGUCAUGAGCAACACGAGUGUCUCAAUCAGUAUGGUGUCCUCCUCUUCUGACUCAGCCAGGCAUAUAUGCAGAGUCAGUGUCUCAAGCAGCCAGGAAGUGGUAGCACUCGCGAGGCUGGACUGGCCUCCACAACAGGUGAAGCCAGCGGACAUCCAGAGGCUGCAAGAACUCUCCAGCCCUGUUGCAGCCAGGCACUAGUCGACAAACAUAGAAGAGCUUCACAUGUAAAUCGCAUCAAAGGAUUAUUUCUAGAAGAUCACAUAUUUCGGCUAUCACUUCUAUUGGCACCUAAAAUGGUUACCCAAGCUAUCAUGGAGGGGGGACUUUCAAAUUCAGCAAAUGCUGCGGGUGAUAGCGAACAGUCUGAGCUUCUAGCACUCGCGGUCAACUGCCGGGAUGAGGAUUGCCUCAGGAGUCCCGAUUCCGUGGUCAGCAUCCUGCCCACAGACGCCAUCGAAAGCAAGCUCUUGGCAGGCACAGUCAACGAGACUUACGACGGGAGCAUCAAGGACGGGUCCGUAGACCUGAACGAUGACAAAGAUCACAGUGACAUCAUGCUCACUCUAGACGGCGAUCCGAGCAAGAAGGAAGAAUCGCCUGCUGUCGAGUCUCUCCAGGCUCUGAUUUUCCAAGUGUUCAUCCCGUUUCUCAUCGCAGGCUGUGGGACGGUCGCUGCUGGAAUCGUCCUCGACAUCGUGCAGCGCUGGUGGCUGUGUUCUUGAUUUAGCUAUUGCAAAAUUUAAAGGGAUUGCUGUUUUUCAACCUGUUAUUAAUGGUGUUGGUGGAAAUCUAGUUGCAGUGCAAUCUAGUCGAAUUUCAACCUAUUUGCACCAAAGAUCUGAAAUGGGCUCCCUCCCAUUAUCUGACCCAAAAGUGUGUGUCGGUCCUUUCACAGUUUUCUUUGGAAAAGGUGCUCAUAGUCGCUCAGCUCGAGUCCUCCUCUUGAUGGCCCUGCCAGGGCAUCUGAUUUUUGCUUAUUUGAUUAGGCUGUUGAAGGGUGGGAAUACUACAAUGACGCCAAUUUUCCUGGUGGUUUACUUGUCUGCUGCAUUAAUUCAGGUUUUUCUACUGAUCUACAUUGCAUAUUGCAUGAUCCAGUGGAUGUGGCGUCGCAAAAUUGAUCCAGACAACUCUUCGAUUCCAUAUCUGACCGCUCUCGGUGAUCUUCUGGGAACUUCCUUGCUUGCGCUGGCAUUCCUUUUCCUCUUCUACAUAGGAGACCACGAUCCGGACGUAGGGGAUUGAUCCACUUCACUGCAAUAAAGUAUACACAAAGCGUCCACUUGAAGUAUUCAUCUGUAAUAUUAACAUUAAUAUUUAACUAACAUUGCAAUCGAUGAGAACGUUUUGUCAUUAUGUUUUUAAAUCGAAAAUGGUGGUGUUUAUAUGGAAAAAUGUCGAUUCAUUAUAUUGUUUCGAAAUUCAUCAAUAUAUAUAUAUGUAGAGUGGUUUGUAAAAAAAAAAUUUGUAUAUAAAGGAAAAUUUUGUAAUUUCGCUUAAGUAUUUAACUGCUGAAAGCAUACAUUAGGUGCAAAUUUGGAAACCCUUGUUGAAUCUCCAUGGGUAUUAGACUUCUGGUCAGUAAUUUUUAUCCCAUCUUAAGGGGAAGGGGGACUAUUGCAAUAGUUCGAGUUUAAAAAAAAUAUCUUUGAAUAUAUUGUAUCUUCGGCAAACUAAAUUUUUUUCUUCAAAAAAGUUAAUAUCAACUGUGUGGCUAGUCUGGAAACUGAGUAGUUUAGUUUUUUUGACAAGAGUGAUCUAUCCAGUUUCACUCAGGAUGAAAAAUGUAAAAAAAAAAGUUUCUAAAUUUUGAUCAUGAAUAAGAAAAAAUUCAACAUAUCAUUGAAGCUGUGUUCAAAAGUUGCUUCUUUCAGCAAUACCUUCAGCAAUGAAUCAUUUUAAUUUAGUAAAAUGCAUUUUUUGCUUAGUUAUAUGGGAUGUUUCGAGAAUUCUGAAAGAAAUCGAGUCAUUGAUUAUAACCUCUAGGGUUUGGUUCAUUAAAAUCAUUAAUCAAACGAUUGAGUGAAAUUUCUUUAACAUCACUCAAUGGUAAUGUAAUCUCCAAAAAUAGGUUAAGCUCUGAAGUUCCCUGCAUUUUAAAAAAGUUUUUGUUUUAAUGAAAGACAAUCAAACCUCUCCAGUUUAAGUUCUCAAGUGCUGCAAAAUUUACUAGUAAAAUUGUAUUCUUAAAUUGAAGUAGUGUCCCUGAAUUUACGUAUUGAAAUUUUGCUGAUGCAUUAAACUUAGAUAUAGAACCCCAAAAAGAUCAGGUCCAUGUUGAAGAUGAAUCCAUGGUGAGAAUACCAGGUUGUGCUUGUUCAGAUUUUACAUUGCAACCAAUUUAGGGUUCUUUGAUUUUACACUGGUUGCAGAUUUUUUGAAAAAACAGUGAAAUUUAGACAGUUGCAAUCUGUGUCUUUUUAAUUUAAAAAAAUGAUUUUUUUUUUUGAAUGGUGGCCUUAUUUAUAAGUAAUGAGGAGGUGGUCUUCACAAGAAAUGUCAACCUCCCCCCUCAAAUUAUCAAUAGCUAUCUUUACAUGCUUGUUCAAACAGUUAAGUGUGGUAAAAUUCUGGUGAAAACCAUUAAAUAUAAUGGUUUGCUUUUUAAUGGGACUCAUCACCUUUCGGCACCAAUCAAAUGAUCGUCAUAAAAAUAUUGUAAAACCAGUAUUGGCUUUAUUCCACGUGCCCUUUCUGGAAUAACUGAUUUAUUUGAAUAACUGAAGUCUUUUAUUUACUUUUAAUGGAAGGUUUGAUUGUGUUCUCAAGUAUUUCAUUUGCAUUUAUUUAUUUAUUUUUUAAGUUUACACUAGAUGAAAUGCAUUUUCAUUCAUCUGUUAAAAAGUAUUUCAAUUUGAUUUAUAUUCUAGCAUCUAAGAAAAUAGAGUUUGAUGUAUAGGCCUUUUCAACUGCAGUUAUUCCACAUUUUAAAACUCUGCGCCUUAUUGCGGCCCCGUAAUUGAGUGUAAAAUGCAAACGCAUCUUGCUGCAGAAAGUUGCAUUAGUUAAUCAUGCAUCUGUUCUGAAUCUUAUUGUGCACUACAUAGUUAAAAUUAGUUCAGUUUAGGAAUUUUUAAUCUGGUUCAGUUGCAAGAAAUGAAAACUGAAGCCAAGGAAGCCCCCCCCCCCUAAAGAGUAAGGGUGCACCCCCUAAAUAUUAUAAAGACCCCCCAAAAAGUGAAAUACACUCCUCAAAACACCCACCUAAAAAUUUCAAUGGUGCAGUCUGUGCCAUGACCCCCCCCCCCAGGAGGGCACCCCUGCCAAAGCCUUUUCUAGGUGCAUUCAUGUGAAUAAAUAUACAAGGAAUUGCUACAUUAAAAAUGAUAAAUAUCCAUGAUUCCGUGUAGCGAAAGUUUUUAUUCAGUUAUCGAACAGCAUAAAUAAAAUCUGUCAUUGAAAGAAAAAAAUCAUUUUUGUUUAUUGAAAAUGUGCUUUGAAAUAGCUGCCAUAUUUUCUACUGAGCAUUAGUAACACAUAGACAUUCUUAUAUUCUGCUGCAGUAACUUAAUAGAACAUUUAGUUUCUUUUGUAUGGCAGUCUGUAUAAUUUUAUUUUCAAACUGGGUAUUGAUAAGUUGCUAUAUCGUACGAGUAGCUUUAUUGGUGAGAGAAAACAAGAGGUAUUAACUUUCAUGAAAUGUGAAAAAUAAAUCUGGAAUAAUUGCAGAGCUAGAAAUAUUUGUUAUUGAUGUUGCAAUGAAAAUUUUUAUCCAUAGUUAGUUGCACUAUAUGGUUUUGAAGAAACCUGAAUUAUUUUUUAAAUUAGUUCAUUAAUAUGGAAAUUUGUUUGUCAGUUGAUUUAUUGAGUUUUAACUACAGUUCAUAUUAGAACUUAAAUAAUAAACUGCUUGAAAAAUAUUUCUCAACUUGACCAUUGAAUUGGCUGUAAAAAUGGACCAAAUAUCGUUCUUUCAGAAAUAUUGCAUUUAUAGAUUUUCUUUUUUUAUUUGAUUUCAAAGCUUUUUUUUUCCUUUUAAACUUUAUAUUAUUAUUUCCAGAUUUUAAAAAAAAAAUAAUUUUGUUGAGUGCAAUUGCACUGAUUUGAAUUUAAUCUCAAACUGUUCACCAAGGUAGUUACUGAAUUUUAACAAUUUCUAAUAGCUAGCUGCAUGGUUUUAAAAUAGUUACUUUAGGUGUAAUCAAUUAAUGUUAAUAUAUAUCUAUAUCAAUUGUUGUUUGUUAGUCUUUGAACAAUCAUGGGAUGAGGGGUUUUAAGUGUUUUUUGAUUCAUUCACAUAUUAAAUAGAAUCAAUGUGAUUCAUUUUUAGGAGUAUUCUGACGAAAUUUUUAUUGUAGUUAUAUCAUAUUUUUGUUGAUGAAAAUGAGUUUUUAUUUCUGCAUUUGUAAAAUGAUACAUUUCUACUCAAAUUUCAAACCAUAUACACUCUCUUGCAUUAUCUGAUACCACUGGAGAGACUGCUCAUAACUUCAAUUUUCUGAAAUAGAACUUAUGUCUAAGACCUAAUAAUUUUCAAUUUAUCCCACAAUAAAUCUUGCAUGUUUUUUUUAAUGAAAAAAGUCAUUUUUAUCUUAUACUUGUUUUAGAUGAAACGUGUGCAUAUGAGGGGUUAAAUUUUAUCUUUAGUUUGUUGCAUCUUUUUAAAUUAUGUAACAGAAAUGAGAUUUUUACUUAACAUUUGUUAUGUUUUCAUUAUUGAAUAUAGUGCUAAAAUAACAAUGUUUUAGUUUAAAUUAUCUUUUAAAUCAUAUAACAAAAAUUUGAGUUAUAACCUUAAUAAUUUUAACUUUUCUCAUCUUUGAAUAUAAUGUUAAAUUAUUAAAAUGAAAGUUUAUUCUAGUUAGUUUAAUCAAAAUAAAAUAAUACAGAACUUUUGUCUUCGUUUUUUAAAAGAUAUUUUUAUCAGCAAAAAGAUUUUGUCCUAUGGCUAUUUAAUUUGCCAAAGUUAAUGAGUUAAGUAAUGUUCUCUUAGAUUUGCAUGUCGUUUGCUUGCUACUUACCCUCUUUCGAAUAAGUGUGUGCCGUCGUGUCAGAAAAUGCAAGAUGGUUAAUUUUCAAAUCCACUAUGUGGAAUUGAAAUCGAUUGCCAGUAUUAUAUUAUAGUUUUCUCACUAUAUUGGUACAGAGUUUGAGAAUGGUUGCGUUCGCCGACCUCGACUGGUGACUAACCGCAGUGUUCUGAGAGCUACCGGUUAACUGGUUGCUACUGAUGUCGUUCUCCAUCUCCCGAUUUACUGUUUUUUAAGAUUUUCUCCGGUUUAUGCAGUUUUUUCAGUCAAUGUCGAAAUGUUUCACUUUCUUCUCAAUAGAUGGCGCCCUUUUCAAGUCUACCAAUGUCAGGGAAUAGAAUUUUUCCAAUUAAUAUCUCAUUUAGUUGAUAUUUAUUACUUUGGACUUUACACAUUGCAUGUCCAACGAAGAACAUGCUUUGCCGAAAAUUGCAGCUGAUUUCAAUCCUUUUGCAUCUUCAAAAUAUUUCAAUUAUUUUGAAAGUUUGAAGUUAUUUUAGCAUGUGCUACCCUGUACCUUCUUAUUCUAUAUUUUAUUUUCAUCAUAUAUUGAUUUUUUUUUUUCGAGUUUUUGUAAUAAAAUUUUUGUAGCUACUUUUUUGGUAGAGACUGGGGAAUGUACGAAACUUUAAGCAAAUUCACUCCUUAUUACUUGGUUUUUCCUUUGCAGUAAUCUUUCUUGCUGCUACAAAUUUGCUUACAUCUGCAAAAAAUCGCCAUUUCACUUUGAAUUUAGUAUUCAUGUUAUUUAAAAGCAUAAUUCAACAAUUCUGUUGUGAAGGUAUGUCGCUGGUGACUCACCUAUAUACCUCCAGUGGAAUCUCCUGUUUCUUUUUUCUUCGAAGGUUGGCAAGCAUGCAUUAGUAUUUUUCACCUGCAUGUUAUUCGUCUGCGCAAGUAAUCGGCGAUCAACUGAAAGCAUUCUAUGAAGCAUUGGUUGGUGAACAACCGGUUAGCAACCGCUGACGUCAUUCACCGUCAUGUGAUCAACCGACCGGUCGAGGUCGUCGAACGUAAGCAAUGUAAAAUACUUCCUUAUUAACCUUUCUUGCCCAUCUAAAGAGAAACCUUGUAUUUGCCCGAUCCACCUAAAGAUCUCACCAACUCCCUAUGCCAUCAAUCUUGUUCUGUAGCGAAAAGACCCGUCUCAAAACAUUAUGCAUUUCUAACUGUGAUUUUGGACGUACAAUUACAAUUUGUGGCCUUCUGACACAUGCACAGUACAUAUGCAUGUAUCUAGUUAUGCUAGUUAUAUAAGGUAAUAAAAAAUCAAAACAAUUUUUCCAUUUCUAAAAUUUUUUGAAGUUUUUAAUUUUUGAAAAUUUUGCAGACAAGAUUUUGUGGAGUUGGAAGAAUUGCUCUGUAAAUAUGAACAUUGGCCAGUUCAGUUCUUGUACUUAAAUUUCGAGCUUCGGUAACUAAAAGUUUUCGUAACAAUUACACUAGAAGUGAUAUUCCGUUGUUGAUAAUCUAUUGGGAGGUACGUAAGCUUAACAUUCUGUACUUAAAAGUAGUUGUAAAUAUUGAAUUUAAAAAUUGACUGUAUUGUGAAUAAUUUUAAAUCGUAAAUAAUUAAUUUUAGUCCAUCCAUUUUGUGAUUCUGAUGAUAAUUAUGAUCAGAAAAUGAAUCUCAUUUUGAACUAAAAUUUGUUGAAUUCGAUGCCAUUUGGCAAUAAAUGUAUAGGAGAUCUUGAUGAAUUGAAACAAGUGUACAUAUUAGAGUGGUGAUGAUCGAUGUCAAGUUGGUAAUAUCAGAAGUAUGAAGUAUUAUGUGUGAUUAAACGUCUUAUUAAUUUACUUUAACAGUAAAUUUAUAUGAAAAGAUUCAAAAUAGUUCAUUUUUUUUGCCCAAAAAAAUUAAAAUUGGGCAAUGUUUAAAAUGCAUUUAUAAUGUACUUAUUUUUUACUGGAAAUGGCUAUCGGUGAAAACUUUAUAAUUUUUUUUUUCACAACCUGUCGGCUGGUGUCUACAGAAUAAUUUUGACCAAUUUGUGCUAGAUUAUUGCAUACUUGAAAAAUCUCAAAUUGAAUGAUUCUGUGAUAAGUUUUAAUUUUACAUGCUAGUCUACAAUAAGUGUUUGAGUUGAAUUGUGUCAGAAUUAAGGUGUGAUAGCUGCACAAUCAAUUGUAGUUCGAUUCUCAUUGUAUUUAUUGGGUAAUGAAAAAGUACCAUGUAGACUUAAUUCCAAAAGUCGAUGUGUUGUGAUAUUAAAGAGAUAGUUCACACCAAA